AUGAACACGGGACCACCACCAUCCUACAACGAUCGAGAUUCCCAUAAAAAUCAACCACCACAGAUGUCACAACCAGUAUAUGUAGGAUCUCCAGUAAUUAUUGUAGGCGAAUAUCCAACACAAUGUACAUGUCCUCAGUGUGGAAAACAGAUUGUUACACGGACACAAAAGAAGUCUGGUAUGCUAGCUUGGAUUAUAUGUGCCGUUCUUUUCUUUACACUUUUAUGGCUUUGUUGUUGGAUACCAUUUUGUGUUGAUGCUUGCAAAGAUACCGAACAUUAUUGUCCGAAUUGUGGUACACUUCUUGGUGUCAAGAAACAAAUAUAA